UUCUGGGAGGUUAUUAGCGACGAACAUGGCAUCAACCCGGACGGUAUCUACGAGGGUCAACAUGAUAUACAACUGGAGCGGAUUAACGUCUACUACAACGAAGCUUCCGGUAUGACAGGUUCAGUCAGUGACCUUUGGAAGUGCUGAGGUCAGUGAUUCGCUCAGCACUUGACGUCAGCACUCUCAGCAACGCCAUCUAGCAAGCGUCAGCACUCAGCGUUAGUGUAGUCAGCAACUUCUUGGCACUGGACAGCAUGAGGCGAUACCAUCCUUGUCAGCACUUCGUCUUGUCAGCACUCAGCACUAACUCAGCACUUCAGCACUUAUUCACAGCGGUACUAUCACGCCUCAGCAUUCCAGCUCAGCACGCAAUCAGCACUUCAGCACUCAUUCACAGCGGUCCCAUCACGGCUCAGCAUUCUAAGUCAGCCGUCAGCACACAGUCAGCACUUAAGCACUCAUUCACAGCGGUAUCAUGGUGGAUGAGCACUCCAAGUCAGCCGUCAGCGCUAACUCAGCACAAUUCAGCACUUAUUCACAGCGGUAUCAUGGAGGAUCAGCACUCUAAGUCAGCAAUCAGCACGCAAUCAGCACUUCAGCACUCAUUCACAGUGGUAUCAUCAAGGCUCAGCGCAGUAGAUCACCAGUCAGCAGUCAAUCAGCACUUCAACGGUACCAUCAAGGAGGGAAAUACGUGCCCCGAGCCAUACUGGUUGACCUGGAACCCGGGACCAUGGACUCGGUGCGCGCGGGACCCCUCGGGCACCUCUUCAAACCCGACAAUUUCGUUUUCGGCCAGAGCGGUGCGGGGAACAACUGGGCUAAGGGACACUACACUGAGGGCGCCGAGCUGGUGGACUCCGUGAUCGAAAUGGUGCGGAACGAGAGCGAAAACUGUGACUGCCUCCAAGGGUUCCAGAUGACCCACUCCCUCGGGGGCGGCACGGGGUCCGGCAUGGGCACGCUGCUCAUCUCACGGAUCAGGGAGGAGUACCCGGACCGGAUCAUGAACACCUACUCCGUCAUGCCCAGCCCAAAGGUCUCAGACACAGUGGUUGAGCCGUACAACGCGACGCUCUCCGUUCACCAACUCGUCGAGAACACGGACGAGACAUACUGCAUUGACAACGAAGCUCUCUACGACAUCUGCUUCAGGACGCUCAAGCUCUCCACGCCGACCUACGGGGACCUCAACCACCUCGUCUCCCUCACCAUGUCCGGCGUGACCACCUGCCUGCGAUUUCCGGGCCAGCUGAACGCCGACCUCCGCAAACUGGCUGUCAACAUGGUCCCAUUCCCGAGGCUCCACUUCUUCAUGCCUGGGUUUACGCCGCUGACCGCUAGAGGCUCACAACAGUUCCGCAAGAUGACCGUCGCUGAACUGACCUCGCAGAUGUUCGACGCGCGCAACAUGAUGGCCGCCUGUGACCCCCGCCACGGCCGCUACCUCACCGUGGCCACCGUGUUCAGGGGCCGCAUGUCCAUGAAGGAGGUGGACGAGCAGAUGCUGAGCGUGCAGAACAAGAACUCCGCCUACUUCGUGGAGUGGAUCCCUAACAACGUGAAGACGGCCGUGUGUGACAUCCCGCCCCGGGGUAUGAAGAUGGCGGCGACCUUCAUCGGCAACUCCACGGCCAUCCAGGAGUUGUUCAAGCGCAUCUCGACGCAGUUCACCGCAAUGUUCCGGCGCAAGGCGUUCCUCCACUGGUACACGGGCGAGGGGAUGGACGACAUGGAGUUCACGGAGGCGGAGAGCAACAUGAACGACCUUGUGAGCGAGUACCAGCAAUACCAGGAGGCCACGACCGACGACCUGGAUCACGAGGAGGAGGAGGAGGAGGCCGAGUACGACUAGACGACUGGGGGAAGCUUGUUUAAACGUCGUGUUGGCAAGUUUGGGUUUUGGAGUCGGUUUUUGGGAUGAAGUUAGCUAGAAGUAUUCGGUCUUCAGAGUUAGGUUGACGUAAUGCAAAGUUAGUCGUAAAAAGUGAGAUAAAUGUGUUUGUUUAGCUACUUAUUAAGAGUUUUAUGGUCAGUUUUGCUUUUUUAAUCCAUUUCUAAGAGAUUGUUAUUUAGAAGGAAGGAAGGAAGGAAGGAAGGAGAGAAGGAAGGAUAAAUGAAUGAAGGCAUGAAUGAAGGAACGAACAAAGUAAAGUUAAAAAGAAGGAAGUAAAAAGCGAUAUAUAUAUAAUCAGCCACAUUGAUGAUGAUAAAGACUACUAAUACGACGGUUAAAAAAAUUAUUAAGUGUUGGUGAUGACUGGAAUGAUGAUGAUGAUGAUGAUGAUGUUUUUGUUCUUGUUUAGUUAUUUCUGUUAUUAUUGUUAUUGUUAUUGUGGAUUGUUAUUGAAGGGAAGAAGGAAGGAAGGGAGGGAGAGAGAGAAAGUGAGGAAGGAAGGAAGGAAGGAAGGAGAAGAAGAAAAAUGAAGGUAAUUGAAUGAAUGGAGGAAAGAAGGAAUGAAGGAAGGAAUGUAGAAAGAAAGGAAGGAAGGAAGGAAAGGUUAAACAGAAGCAAAAGAAGGAUGAAUUAAUAUCAUACAUUCUAUUAUUAUUACUAUUAUUAUUACCAUUAUUACCAUGACCAUUGUUAUUAUUACCGGGGAAGACAGAUUGACUCCAACUACGUAUUUACUGAAUGCAAUAAUAAAAAAAUGUUAGUGAUUA